AAAGACGCAGGAAGCCAGCAGCAAGAACGGGCUCGGGGGGAGGAGAGGAGGGACGCCCCAAGCAGCGUGCGGGGCCUGGGCGGAAGACGACAAGGACCGGGACACGCCUCGCCCAAGAAAGCCUCGGCCGCCGCCCAUCUCCCCCUUUCCUAAAUCGUUAGCGCCGGGGCAGGGUGUGGGGCCAGGAGCAGCCAGGAGCGGGGGUCAGCGGACAGGACCUGGGGCCCGAGGAGCCGGGCGCGGAGGCCGGGACCCAGCAGCAGAGGCGGGGCAGCGGCAAAAUGGGCCCUGAGUGGGACCCAGAGCCGGGCCCCGGCCCCGAACCGACCAUCCCCCCGCACGACAACUUAGCCCUGUUUCUCAGCCGGCGGCUCGGCCGGCUCGGGGGGCUGGUAGGCGCCCACCCGUGGCCCUUCCUGCUGCUCCCGCUGCUGCUCUCGGGCGGCCUCGGCACCGGCUUCCUCUUCUUGCGGCAGAGACAAGCCAACGACAUCGAGGGUCAGUUCACGCCGCUCGGGGGACCCGCCAAGAGCGAGAGGCGCUUUGCCCAGGAGCAUUUCCCGACCCGCGACUCCGAGCGCUUCUCCGGCCAGAGGCUGCUCACAGAGGGCGCCUUCGCCUCCCUCAUCGCGGUCUCCGCCCCAGGCGCCAACAUCCUGACGGCGGCCGCCUUCGCGGAGCUCCUGCGGCUGGACGGGGCGGUGCAGAGACUCGCUGUUCCCGGGGGGGACCCAGGCACCCAACUCUCCUACCCGGACCUGUGCGUCCGGAACAAAGGGCCGUGCAGCAGCCCCAACCCACUCCUGGCUGCCGUGCAGGGGGAGCCGGCCCGGCUAGAGACCCUCCUCCCGCAGCUCACUUACCCCGUGUUCCAGAGCAGCGUUUUCAUGGGCACCUUCUUAGGCGGCGUUCAGCUGGGUCGCGGAGCGGCCGCCUCCCGGGUGCAGGCAGCCAAAGCCCUGAGGCUGGUUUAUUACCUGAGAGAAGACGAAGCCGCGGACCGAGAGAGCAGUUUGCAGUGGCUGGAAAACUUCCUCAAGCGCAUCCCGGCUGAGCUGGAGGCUUUAAAUCUCACCUCUGUCCAGGUGGCUUACUUUACCUCAGUAUCCAGACAGGAAGAGUUUGAAGGAAAUACUAAGAAAGUGAUCCCCCUGUUUUCCAUAACAUACUUUCUAACUAUAACCUUUUCCAUUAUUUCUUGUUUAAGGGUUGACUGUGUACAAAAUAAAGUGUGGGUUGCAGCAUGUGGAGUGCUGUCUUCUGGGUUAGCUGUGCUAAGCAGCUUUGGACUGUUGCUGUUCUGUGGGAUACCAUUUGACAUGACUGUAGCAAAUGCACCAUUUCUUAUACUGGGGGUUGGUGUCGAUGACAUGUUCAUUAUGAUCUCCUGCUGGCAACAAACUAAUCCUAAAAAUAAAGUUGAAAAGCGGAUGGCUGAAACUUAUGCAGAGGCAGCAGUGUCUAUCACAAUCACCACUCUCACUGAUGUUUUAGCUUUCUACAUAGGGAUCAUGACUUCCUUUCAGUCUGUGAAGUCCUUUUGUCUCUACACAGGAACUGCUUUCAUCUUCUGCUAUUUAUACAACAUCACAUUCUUAGGAGCUGUUCUUGCUUUAAAUGGUAAAAGGGAAAAAGGCAACAGACACUGGUUAAUUUGCACAAAAGUGAAAGACAUUGUUCCGCCUCAUCGCUCCUGCUUGUACAACAUGUGCUGUGUAGGAGGGUUUUCUGAUAAAUCUUCUUGGGCCGAAGGUGAACAUCCAAUGAACAAAUUCUUUAGGAAAUAUUACGGUCCUUUCCUUACAAAGAUCUGGACCAAAGUGUUUGUGGUGUUGCUGUAUGGAGGGUUCCUGGCUAGUAGUAUUUAUGGGUGUACUCAGAUGAAGGAAGGUAUAGACCUGCGAAAUCUGGCUAGUGACGAUUCUUAUGUCAUUCGGUACUAUGACUGGGAAGAUGAAUAUUUCUCAGAGUACGGUCCCAGGGUUAUGGUCACGAUCACAGAAAAUGUACCUUAUUGGAAUCUAUCCAUUCGUAAUGACAUUGAGAACUGUAUGGAGUCUUUAGAAAAUAACUCCUAUGUGGAGAAGAGUCUCUCAGAGUCAUGGCUACGAAUGUAUGAGAAUGUUGCUAGAAUCGGUUCACUGAAUAUAGAUUCUAAAGCGUUUUUCAUGGGUAAUCUAUCUGAACUAUAUAAAUUAUUUCCAGAAUUUGAAUGGGACAUAGAUAUUCGCUAUAAGGAAAUAGCAGCCUCACGUUUUUUCAUUCAAACAGUGAAUGUUACUACUGCAAUUGAUGAGAAAAACCUUUUAAACCAAUUAAGAGACCUAGCCAAGGACUGUAAGAUCCCAUUAAUGGUAUAUCACCCAGCAUUUAUAUACUAUGAUCAGUAUAUUGUAAUAGUGCCAAACACCAUUCAGAAUAUUGGAAUUGCUACUGGAGUCAUGUUGUGUGUUUCCUUGCUGCUUAUUCCCAAUCCGCUCUGCUCCUUGUGGGUAACUUUUGCUAUUGCUUCUGUUAUUGUUGGCGUUGCUGGUUUCAUGACAUACUGGGAUGUUAAUCUUGAUUCCAUAUCUAUGAUUAACCUUGUCAUUUGCAUCGGGUUUUCAGUAGAUUUUUCUGCUCAUAUAUCCUAUGCAUUUGUUUCAAGUGAAAAGUCAAAUGUCAAUGAAAGGGCAGUUGAUGCCCUGUAUCUUCUUGGUUACCCGGUGAUACAAGGUGCUAUCUCCACUAUAUUAGGAGUAAUUGUGCUGUCUGCAGCACAAGCUUACAUCUUCAGAACAUUUUUUAAGAUUAUGUUUCUCGUUAUCUUGUUUGGAGCUGUUCAUGGUCUUGUUUUUAUUCCAGUAUUUUUAACAUUUUUUGGAAUUCGUGGCAGAUCAUCACACAAAAGGGUAAAUAUAAAAACAAGAGGAAAAAACAGCAGCUCUUUUAGUGGCGCACAAAGUCCAAGUAAUGUAUCAAACAGCUUCAUGCUGAAGGAAAAAUAAAUCCAGAUUGCUCAUCAAUUUACAUACAAUUUAGAAUACAGCAUAUCAGCCAAAAAGAACAUGUUGAAGGUUUCAAAACAUUAAUCUGCAGAUUUAAAUUAGCAUUGUAUGAAAAUGUCAGUUUUCUACUGUUCAGGAUUAACACUUAACGGGAUUAGCUCAAAGCCCACCAGGGAACUUAGCGCACCAUAGCAGGGUCCACAUGGACAGUUCCUGCACAGCAUGCAAGUGUGCUGUAGAUUAUACCCCAGUUUGCCAUGGACAAGCUGUUCAUCCUGAUAAGCCCUUAGAUCAUUAGAGAAAACAUGGGUUAAGUAAAAUGAUAUCACAAUAAUAGAAUAUUACCAAACCAAAAAAAAUUCGUUAAAAUACAUUUGAAGUUAAAAGCAUGUUCUGUUGAUCUUAUAUAUUCUGUGUUAAAUGCCCAAUAAAGAUUUCAAAA